UGACGGCUUCAGGUGUUUCCCGAAAGCACAUUAACGAGCCACUCAUGGAGAUCCGCGCCCUCUUCCUCUUGUUCUUCGUCCUCUUUGGCGGCGAUUCCUUCGGAAGAAGUACCGAGGGAGAGUCGGACCAAGAGGCCAGCCAGGAAGAGUCUAUAGAAAUUUCAUCUUCAGAAGACUCAGGGGAAGCCUUGACGCCGUGGGAGCUAAGGGCAGGGCUGUCGGAGCGGAGAAAGAGGCACCUCUUGAUACAAAGUCAAGGACACGUCCAACAGGACCAAGGGUCAUCGGUCGCUCACACGCCAGGAGAGGGAGCCAGGGUCCCCGUGUUUCCUCAAGCUCCUUCGCCAGCUCUAGCUCCAGUUCCAGCUGCUUCGGCGACGACGACGGCCUCAUACAUCACCCGACUUUUUCCAGUGUUCAUGUCGUCGCAGUUAGUGGGCGCUCCGGGCGGCGUCAACGGCCUGUAUUCGCCCCCAACUACAGAACCACGCAUAGACUCAGAAAUUUGGGGUCUUGUCACUGAUGACUCCCUUGAAUGUAUUGGAGAUUGCGCGUUUAAAGGGCAGUUUGGAGGCUGUCAGACUGAUAUUGUGUGUAAUUUUACCAUGAAUAUUCAAAUGUAGAAAAGGUAUGAGAAUUGAGAAUGAAUAUUUGCACAAUACCUUAUCUAUGUAAACAACUGUGUUUCACCCUUCCCGCCAGGUAUCAUUAAUUAAGGCGUCAUGAAUACCUAUUGUUUGACAUAUUUACUUUUAUUUUACCUGUUCAGUUUUAAUUGUGAAUAUCAAGUUAUCCCUGCGUGUUUUAUAUGUUCUCCCUUUUUUCAAUUGAUACUCGUAUUUUAAUGUUUCAGUUUUACAGUCAAUAUGUACUAAUUAUAAAACAAAAAAUCAUACAACCGUGUUGGGGUACGAGAACGCUGGGCUGAGUAUUUUGAGCAAUUGUAUCAGAUUAGCCCUCCAGCAGUUAAUUUGGGCGGAGUGGUGUCGCAAUAACAGAACCUUCAUAUCCUGACUGAGGUUUGGGAGGCGAUCUCGAAGCUGAGGCAUAUGUGUAUCUCUAUUGAAUUACUAAAGGCUGGUGGUGAAUUUAUGGCGCAUGGCUUGCAGGCUGUUCUGGUUACGAUCUGGUAGUCCGGUACCAUUUCCCCCGACCUGUUGACGGGUGUGACCACACCUCUUUAAAGUGACAUAGCAUACCAAGCAAGGUUCUCGUUCACAUUCUUCUGAGACGUAUCCGAGCCCAUCUGCUGAGACAACAGAGACCGGAGGAUUACUGGAUUAAUAGCAAGUCUGUAUACUGGUGCUGAAAGUUAUGUGUGUCGAGUUUCUUUUCUGUUAAUUCAGGGGGGAGAUAAGUAUGUAUUGUCACACCAACGCUUUUCAACACUCGCAUGGACUGGUUGCUGGGUACAGCUUCAUGUUUUUACCAAUGAAAUGAAGCUCUUGGGUUAAGGGACUUCUGAAU